AAAUAAUAUAAAAUAAAAUAAUAAAAGAAAUGGCAGUAAGAAGACUUUUUGUAGGAGGAAACUGGAAGUGCAACAAUACAUAUAACUAAACAUAAUCCUUAGUUAAAGACGUGUUAAACAAAAUAACAUUCGAUCCUAAAAAAGUAGACGUAGUUGUAUCUCCUGUAUUCUUACACGUACCUUGGGUAUUAGAAAAUGUUUAAAAAAAUGUUUAAGUUUCUGUAUAAAAUACAUCAUUAACUGGAAUGGGAGCAUAUACAGGUGAAAUUAGUGUAAAUCAUGUUAAAGAUAUGGGAAUUAAAUGGGCUAUUUUAGGUCAUUCAGAAAGAAGAUAAUAUUACCAUGAAUCUAAUGAUGUAGUAGGUAAUAAAGUGAAAUUAGCUUUAAGUGGAAAUUUAGAUGUUAUUGCUUGUAUCGGCGAAUAAUUGUAAGAUAGAGAAACUAAUAAAACCAACGAUGUCAUUAGAUCUUAAUUAGAUGCUAUUAGAUCUAAAUUAAGUGAAAGUGAUUGGAAUAGAGUUGUCAUUGCUUAUGAACCUGUUUGGGCUAUCGGAACUGGAAAAGUAGCUUCUCCAGCCUAAGCUUAAGAAGUUCAUGACUUUAUAAGAGGUUAUUUGGCAUAAAACAUAUCUAAAAAAGCCUCAUAAGAUACAAGAAUUAUCUAUGGUGGAUCAGUUACAGAAAAAAAUAGCAAUGAACUAAUUGGAAUGAAAGACAUUGAUGGAUUUUUAGUUGGAGGAGCUGCACUUAAACCUGCUUUUGCUGAUAUAAUAAAAUCUUGUAAUGAAGCAAAAAAGUGAAUUUAUAUUUAUUUUUUAAUAUUAAUAAAAAUAUAUAUAUGAUUGUUUGCUUAAUUAUAUAUUUUAUAUGAUAUAUAAAAUAAACAUAAAUAUUUAUUUUAUGAUAAAUAAAAA